GUUACACUUUGGUUCAGUAGCACCUUACCAUAACUUAUUCUUUCUUCCAAAAAAACAAACGCAAAACGAUUCUCCCAAUUUUCUGAACAAAUAUGGCGACUCAGAUCGAGCCUGCGAAGAUAAGGUGGGGAGAAUUGGAGGAAGAUGACGGUGAAGAUCUCGAUUUCCUUUUACCGCCGCGUCAGGUGAUAGGACCUGACGAAAACGGAAUCAAGAGAAUAAUUGAGUAUAAGUUCGAUGAUGAUGGUAACAAGGUUAAGAUUACAACAACCACUCGCACUCGCAAACUCGCUAACGCGCGUCUCAGUAAACGCGCCGUUGAGCGUCGUUCUUGGCCUAAGUUUGGUGAUGCUGUUCAUGAAGAUGUUGGUAGUCGCCUUACUAUGGUUUCCACUGAAGAAAUCGUUCUCGAACGCCCCAAGCCUCUUGGUUCCAAAAAUGAUGAGCCAAAGGCUGACCCAUUGUCUCAAUUCCAAAAAGGUGCUGUUCUCAUGGUAUGCAGGACUUGCGGGAAGAAGGGUGACCAUUGGACUUCAAGGUGUCCAUAUAAGGAUCUCGCAGCACCGUCUGAGGGAUUUGUUGAUAAGCCUGCAGCAACAGAUGCUGCAGCUGCCGCUGCAGGUGGUUCAACCAAGGGUGCAUAUGUACCUCCUGGUUUGAGGGCUGGUGCAGAGAGGACUACAGGGUCAGACAUGAGGCGGAGGAAUGACGAGAAUUCUGUGCGGGUAACCAACCUCUCGGAGGACACAAGGGAGCCUGAUUUGCACGAGCUGUUCCGUCCUUUUGGUUCUGUGAGCAGGGUCUAUGUUGCUAUUGAUCAAAAGACUGGCAUGAGUAGGGGCUUUGGCUUUGUCAACUUUGUCAGUAGGGAAGAUGCUCAGAGAGCUAUUAACAAACUAAAUGGAUAUGGCUACGACAAUCUCAUCCUGAGAGUUGAAUGGGCCACCCCAAGAACAACCUAAAUAUCGGUUGUUGGGUGUUUUUGAGUUUUGCCUCCUUUCUGUAGAAUGUUAUCUUUGGAAGUCUAUUUAUCUGUUUUUGUAAUCGGAGUCCCGGACCAUCCAUUUCCUUUGAGAUGAUUUAAUAUAAUUUAAAAGUGAACUUUGACUCAGGAUCAUUUGGUUAUUUAUAAUCCUUAGUAUGAGGAGUUGUUUACA